ACAAGCCGACGAGUCAAUGAUUGCCCCUCACAGCCGAAAGAACCCGGCUCACCUAUUGGCUGAGGCUGUGGGCGGGCUCGCAGCCUGAGCGGCUCCUCCCCUUUAUGAUGGUCCUUUAACAGCAGGUAGGUAGGGAGGUGGUUUUCGGUGCCCUGGAGCGGGUGGGGGAGGGGGAGGCGAGUUCGUCCACCCUCCGGCGGCGGGAAGGGAGGCCGCCUGAGGUGAUUCCUGCCUCGGGGAAUGGCGGCGGCGAGGGGCGGCGCCAGGGCUGGGGGUGAAGGGGGCUCCUUGGCCUUAGCGGGCUCCUUCCCUGCCUAGGGAACGGUACCCGUUUGCCCUUCAGCCGAGAGCAUCUCUCCCGCCCCUUUUCAACGGCCUGUGUAGAGAAAUCGGGGGGCUUCAGGCCCUUUUUAAAAAGUGCAUUUUGAAAUAUAUACAUUCCUAGAUCUACGACUAUAUAAAUAAUUGCAGUAAGAAACGCGUGUUUUCAAAAGGGGUUGUUGUUAUUGUUGGGGUGUCCAGGGGGAGCUAUACAUGUGUAUUAUUUUUUGUUUUGUUUAAUUAUUUACUUGUUUCUGUCCUGUAUUUUGUUCUGUGAACCCCCUUGAGAUCUUAUGAUGAAGGGAGGUAUAUAAAUCUAAUUAAUAAUAAUAGUGAUAAUAAAUAUUUGUUAUCAAUAAUAAAAAAAUAAUGUAAUAAAUAAACCUAAUCUUAAGUGUCUGGAGCUAAAACAGGACCCUUGGCUAAUCGCUGCAGCUCAGCCUUUCCACAAGCCAAGUGAAAAGCUGGCUUUCCUAGCUUAGGUUUAUUGAUUUGUAAGUUUUGCUUAUUAUAUUUCUGUCCUCCUCAAGGAAGGGUGCAGCAUUUUUCAUAUGCAGACCUGAUUUUUCUCCUCAUAGCAACCCUUCGAGGGAGGCUAGGCUGAGAGAUAGUGCUCACACCCACACCAUACGUUAAAAAGCACUCUGAUACAGAUCUUGGGGUUUGUUCUUCAGGGAGCAAGUGGUUUCAGAUGGGAAGGUCUGAACGCACAAGUGGCUUGCACCCUAAUAUCAGGGAGAUUGCACCAGUCGCAUCACAACCUUAUUCUUUUAAGAGUCUCCCUUACCUCACACUACUUAAACGGAAGCCAAAAGGUGGGUGGAGACCAGAUGUAAAGGCAGAUAAAACUCAUUUACCUUGAAUUGUUUAUGUAGAAGUAGGAAUUGUGGUAGCUCUACCUUGUUGCAUAGAGGCAAGGAAAGAAGCAUUUGCUAAAAUUCGCUUUUUUACACAACAAACAAACAAAAAUAACCACCCAGUAACUCUUUUGUACUUCCACUACAUCUGGACAUCUGAAUUAGAAUUGGAGGUGGCCUUUGGGCCAUCUAGAAUAACUUUUUCUCUGAGGAGAAAAUUUGCUUUGGGGAGCGGUGGGGGUGGACACAAUGCACAGCUGGUUUCUUCAAAUUGGUAGAAUGAACGUACACACAAUACACAGUUAGUUUCUUUCUUCAAAAUGGUAGAAUUGGUUUCUCUUAAGCUUAUCCUUUGUGGUAAUAGAAUCGGGAAUAGAAUAGAAUAGGUAAUUGGAGAGGGCUGUACUAGUCCAAUGCCUACUGAUUCCCCCCCCCACACACAUUUUAUUGCAUAAAAUUUCUGCAGCCUGAACAGAUGGCUGUUCAUCUUCUAAUUGAAGGUGUCCAGCAUGGGACCCACUUUGGUUGAUUGGUUCCAUUAUCAAACUUCUUAGUAAUAAGAAGUUGUGUUGGCAUCUGUCUCUAGAGACAGUGGAGUGCACCUCUGGAAGUCAAACGGUUAGAAAAUCACAGCACCUGCUGUGGCUGCAGAGACUGAUAACUUGUUAUGUGUAAGGAGCACCAUAGUGACCUCCCCAGAGUGUAAGCCUGGGCAGUGUGUUUGGAGGUCCUAGGCUGCUCAGACGACAAGACCCACCUCACGGCCUCGCUGAUGUGGUCCAAAGGAAAGCAGAGUAAUACCUUUGGCACCUGCUUGGCUGUAAGAGUUGCCGGAAGGAGGUGUACAAGGUGCUACCCAACUGUCUUGGGGACUGCAUUUCGGAUUUGUGUAGGGUUUACCCCGUAGACUUUUCUUCUGAAGAUAUCCCGCGAGGCAGCAGAGGUUUAGGAUCAGAGUUUUCCUUUUCCUAGAUGGGCUGCCUUCUCAUGUUGAAAAGCUCCAUCUGCCCAGAAAUCUGCUCUUCUGUAACUUAAAGCCAUCUAUUUCUUCCUUCUGGGGUAGCAGGAGACAAGUGUUUUUUCUUUUGCAUCACAGCCAUUCAGGUAUUUGAAAAGUGCAGUAUUGCACACACAAACACCCCACACCCUUCUCCAGGGUAAAAUAAAUGGUCUGUUCUUUCAACCUUUCCUCAUAAGACUUUUUCAUAUUUUUGACUAUCUUCGUUGUCCUACUCUAAACCUGUUCCAAUUUGUCUCCAUUCUUCUUAAAGUGUGGUGCCCAGAACUGGACAUAGUUCUCAUCUGGAGGUUUUAUUAAUAUAGAAUGAAAUGGAACGCUUACUUCUUAUGACUUGGAAACAAUGUUGCCUAAAUCAUUAGUUUACUUUUGCACUCUAGAGACACAAGGAUACAGGGUUAACAAAAUAAAAAGCUAAAAGCAAACACAAUUUUAAGAUUAAUAGUGUUUUGAAGGUUAAGAUUAAAGGUGCGUUCUUCAGGUUAAAAAAUGGAAAGUGCUUAGACAACUGAACAGUGUCAGACUUCGGCUGGAUGACCAUGGGCCAGUCACUAUCUUUCAGCCUAACCUACCUCACCGUGUUGUUGUGGAACUAGAACAAUGAAAGUCCCUUUGUAAACUGCCCUGUAUUUGGAAGAAAGUUGAGAAACAAAUAUUUAGCCAUAAUUCUUAUCUUCACUGUGUUUUUAAGCACCUGGGGAACUAGGAUUUUUCCAACAUCAAUUAGUGACAGCUGCAUCUUCUGUUGUUUUAGCAGGUGAAUAAGACUAGCUGACAUUUAGUGUGAACAGAUACCCUACUUUCCUGAAACUGGGUAUACAUACAAACCAGUGACUUUCUUGCUGGAUUAACCUUGGGUUGUUGUUAACCUAGCUUCCUUCCUACAGGAGAAGCAGUACUCUAAUGGCAUUUUCUUAUGAGCUGGUGACCUGCCCUGGAUUGAUUCCACUCCAUCUAGUAUGAAUGGAAAGAUGUAGCUAUUGUGGCCGCCCUGAGUUCAGAUUCCUGGGUUUGGCGGCUGCAGGAAGCUCUGUAUAAAUGACACAUGGAGGUGGGUCAAGCAUCACCUACAAGGCGUUCCUUGCAUGGAGAUUGGGAACCUUGAAAUCCAUUGCAUUUAAAUUCCCUUUCUUUGUAUCUGAGUUGCCGGUGCAUGGACUUCCAAAGGCCAUACUUUUUGCAUCUUAACUUCCGCCAACAAAACUCUUCGAUUUUCCUUGGUAAUGAUGAGGCGUGACAGACCACAAGAGCGGGCAGCCAGCUGGCCAGCAGAGCACAUCAAGGUGCUCCUUGCCCUGUGGACCGAGGCGGCAGUCACUCACGAUCUUAGCUCUCAUGGGAGAAACCGUGCAGUGUAUGAUGGCAUUUCCCAGCGCCUCGCAGAAAUGGGCAUUUACCGAACCGGGGACCAGUGCCGGGAGAAAAUGAAAGGCUUGAAAGUGGCUUACCGGAAAGCAAAAGAAAAUAACUCAGUUGGGCGACCACCCAUCAAGUGUCCAUUUUAUGAUGAGAUCGACCAGAUAAUGACACAGUAUAUAAACUGCAGACCAGGCUUUCCCUCAGAAGCUGGUGAGGGGUCCAGUAUCUCUGCAGACAGACAGGAAGGCGUUUCUAUAUCUGAGCCCUGGGGGACACAGUCUAGCAUCAGUGAGCGAUGGGGGUCUCAGGUCUCUGGGCACUGGUUGUCACAGACUGCUGCCUCUGAAAGCCAAGGGACUGAUGAAUUCAGCUAUGCCCAGGCAGAGUCUCAGGAUGCCUUCGGUGAGAUCCAAGUCAUCCCAGUUCAAGUGAAAGAAGAGGAAUCGGAAGAUGAAAUAUCACCUGAGCUUGGUAAGCUCCAUUGUUCGUUUUGCCUGGUUUAUUUCAGCAGAGCCCCUCCUGAAGGAUACCUCAGGUGGGGCUGACAUCUUUGAUUUGUUUAAUUAGAGCCUUUUACUGGGUAUUUAGCCUCCAAGGCCUUUGUCCUGCACUUCCCUAUAUUCUUGUCACCCACAAAUGUGUCAUGUGCUUACUUCUCCUCUGCUCUCCUGAGAAGACUUUCUAGAUGCCUUUCAAGUUCUGCUGUCUUUGUCCCCUUGUAUUGUAAUCUUUUUUGCCUGUCACAAAAUCGCACUUUAUUGUCUCAUAAUCAGACCAAAAAUAGCUUAGACUUGGACUGUUGGGGCACCUGUCCGAGAUGAAUGUAAUCUAUGCAAGAGAUUACUAUGACACCAACUAGGGUAAUGAAUUGCAGCAUUUUCGUCCCUUUGGACUACAGGAUCCUCCAAUUAUAAAUAAUAUGCUCUCUUUCUAGUUUGUUAGCCUUGUCCAGUUGAUUCAUCUUGAACUUUAAGAUUGACUCUUAAAGGUCAAGAGCUCCUAGCACCAUAUGUACAUAUGCAUCCAAGUGGGUGCAAGUCGUACUAAUUUCAUAAUAAUUUCAUAAUUUGUCAUCUGGGUAGCUGCAGUACAGCUGUUUUUACCAAACAUUGCCCACAAUUUCAGGGUCAGUUGCAACAGAAACUUUUUUGCAUUCAUGGGGUCACGUUUUAAAAAGUGAUUCUGCAUAUGCUUACAUUUUAAAAUGUUACAGUGGAGUUAGUUUUUCUAAACAGAUAUCCUAGAUCACUGCCCUUGGACUCAUUCUGCAAAAGGUACAUGACAAUCAAAUAAAAGCCAAAUCAUGCAUUCAGAAGAAUAUAACUCUCUAGCAUGUAGGUCAUGGGUGUUGUGUGUCUGAAUGCUCUCCCAGGUCAAAAAGCUAAAGUACUUUCCCCAUAGGCGCUAACUUUCCACAUGGAGGGAAAUUUGAUGUAGAGGAGUACAAAAACUUGGUUUCUUAACAUGCAUUCUAAAGUGAUUUAAUCCUGUGAGGAUUGCAGUGGUUGCUUUUUUGGACGUUUGAAUCAGCUCUCAUUCCCUAUGGACCAGCAUGCUCUGUCACUAAGGUGGAAUGUAUCCUGGGUAUAUGCACACCAUUGCAUUUCUCUGGAUAUUCAUUGUGCUUUGUUGCUUUCCUUAUAGAUGUGGCCUCUCCUAUAGUGAUGGAGACCCAGCCUGCACCAAGACAUCUCAUAUCCAUGCUUGACCAACGUCCCCACCUCCGAACCAGGAAGCAAAAAGCUCAAGGAGAUGGGCAGUCCAGCUUCCCAAGGGGCACUGGCCAGAAAUAUGGGCGUUCACAUCAGCUGGAAGUGCAGAGAAUGCAGAGACAGGUUGCUAGCCAAGCGGAGGAGAAGCAGAGUUUAGCAGAGUUCAUCCAGCAUGACAGGGAGAUGCGCCGGGAGGAUAGGGAGUUCCAGGCCCAGCUCUUUGAGAAGCUUUUUCAGAAGCAAACCGAGCUUGUCCAAGCACUGACUCAGCGACCUCCUGCCAGUCCUACCUCCACCGCUUGUACCAACGCUUUGCACACCUUGCAGGUGUCAACAAAGAAUGGAGCAGGAACAGCUGCAGGCCCUGGCUCACAGCUACAGGCUUUGCUAGAACAGAUAAUGCAAGCUGAUGUAGCAGGAAAGGGCUUAACCAGACUUCCUGUGAAGGAGGCACUUGGAGGAGCAGUGAAAGUGCCCCCUGAAGUGCAGUAUUGGACUGCUGAAGAGAUACUGAGAUGGCUACUAUCUCAGCAGUCUCCUGGAGACCAAUGCCAAGAGGUUCUGACAGGCCUGAGGCCUCCUCCUGUUGCAGGGCACAUGGGGACAACAGUAAAGGGUGAUAACCCAGAGGCACACCUCUCUGUUUUGAAUCCAUUGUGUGAUUCCUACCAGAGUUCUGGACAGCAAGAUAAAGGCCAACUUCAUAGCAAGACCCAACAACUCUGCGGCAGCAAUUGUGCUAAAGCACUGGAAACAGACAUAGACUUAGAGACACAGCGUCAGUCUUUCAGGCAGUUCCACUACCAGGAAGCCCAGGGACCCCAAGAGGUUUACAGGUGCCUGUGGGGACUUUCCUAUCAAUGGCUGAGGCCAGAUGUCCGCAGCAAAGAGCAGAUCAUGGAGCUGCUGGUUGUUGAGCAGUUUUUGAAUAUUUUGCCUGACGAAAUCCAGACUUUGGUACGUGAAUGUCAGCCAGAAAACGGCAAGGAGGCUGUGGCCCUGGCAGAGAGGUUUCAGCUUCACUUUGAGUCCAAGAGGCAAAGGGAUCAGGUAGGAUCAUAUUUCUGAUUAUUUCUGAUUCUUGCUUGGAGCUGACCUUACACAGGUUUCUCCUUGGCCAAAGGACACCAGAUAGAAACCUAAUAAUUCUAGCCCUCAGCUUUUAGAAGGAAGGGACAGAGAUUUGUGGCAGGGCGGGGCCAGGUUGGGGAUUGAGUAGGCAGGAACAGUAUGUUCUGCAAGGCACAGAAGCCUGUCUUCUGAUUCCUGGAAACCAUGCCUGCUAUUCCCUUGGGUUUCUUGGCCUUUGGUUAACACUGUAUGGCAGGGGUGCAGAACUGGAUUCAGAUGGUAAUCUGGAUCCUUAUCUCUGCUUACUGGUAGGCUACGUUUGGCAGGUAGACAAUCGAACCACACAGCACUUCCAAGCCCCAACAAUCCAAGCAAAUAGUUAGUGCUUGAGGAGCCUUGAUUGCAUUGCUUCCCAAGCACCGGCAAUCAGCUGAUAGUCUGUGGUGUUUGGAAAGCACUGUGCAAGGGGCUUUGCAGGCAUCACCAACCAGCUGAAUGUCAGUGCCUGUAAAGCGCCUUUCAUCCAAGCCUUGUCUUUAUCUAUUCCCCACUUCACAUCAUCUUGGGUGUUGCUUGGCCAAAAAGGGAAAGGCAGACCUGGCCUGCUGUGUGACUAUUCAAACUUUUUCUAGACAACUAUGAUGGCAGAGUUUGCUUUUUAGAAACAACAGACAUUUCAUUAGUACAAAACAUCAUUCUUAGCAACACAUCCAUGUAAGUAGGAUACACUCAGUCUGGUUAGGACUUGGGUGUAUAUAGUAGGAUUCAGUCUUUAAGGAACAUUUAGAAUGAGUUGGCUCUCCAGUAACAAACAGCAAGUUCAAAUCAUCCAUGGUUCACAGAUAAUGGGGACAAAAACCAACAUCCUUGGUGAAACUAAAGGGCCUGUUAACUUGAGCAGAAGGUGAUGAAUGCAGAUGUGGCAUUCUUACUGUUCCAGGCACGGAUGAUAUCCGAUGACAUGGUAGCAGAUUCCCCCCAAGAAGAAUUGGAUGAGGUUCGGAGACCAUCUUCCAUCAAAGACAGUCAAGAGAACCCUAGGAAAGUUGGUAAGGAAUGCCUUCCUAGAUUGCAUUAGGCCAUAGAACUCCACCCUUACUUUUCCAGGUUCAUGGGAUUACUUGUUGAGGAAAUGCCUGACAUCAUUUCUCCCUCACCUGCCACUCCUCGUAGUAAUUACAUCUAUUGCUUGGCAGUAAACCUGCUCCUGCUUUCAUCUGCUUAACGUAAGGGCUCUAAAAUAAAAUUUACUCCGAAUUCUACCACUUUCUCCUUUAAGCGCUUCAUGCUACAAGAGACUACACUAUGCUGCCUUCUCAGGGGCCAGAGAGUAUAGUAGACUCUGAACAGAUAGGUUUGGCCAAUUAUUUAUGUUUAGGUCAGCAGAAGUGGUUUUGCGUGGAAUUUGCAACCCUUCCAUAUUUCCCUCUUCACACUGGGAUGAUUGGAACUACUGCUAAAUACAGGAUCAUGGUUGUAAGGACGCUUUGAUUGGUAAUUAUUUUUCCCUUUAAAAAUUUUUUAUUAAUUUUUGUAGAGUUGGAUGGGACUAACAUCUAGUGAGUCAAAUCCUGCACUGCUAAACAAGAGCAUUAAUACAAUUCAGCCCACACCUACAUGUCUUCUGUCAACAAACAAAAUAGCAGAUGAAACCACAGGAACCACCAAAACAAAGAAAAUGGUAUUAAAGGGAUUUAUAAAUUGCCAUGCCUGCAAGUAAUAGGAACAUACUCUGGUUUCUCUUCAGAUCGUAUAAAUCUUUCACCUAUGCAAAUAUAAGUUGUAAUUACAGUUGUAUGAUAAUUACAACAAUUUCUCAAAAGGCCUCAAAUUAUUAUGAUGAGAUCUCCAGGACUGUGUCCUGUUUCAUGCUUCAAAAUUAUGUUCACUAGCCAAUCUGAUCUUCAGGGGAAAAGAGCCUGUCAGUCAGAUUUUUAACAUGAAGAAAAACUAUCUUCCAAGUCGCCUUAAGGGAAUUUUUAUUCAGACUCGUUGAAAGGGUAGCAGGGGUAUGUUUCUUUGUUUACACGGGGUGGAAAAGGUAUGCCACACUUCAAAGGAUAAAAUACAUUACUAUGCUGAGUGUGAGUUCUCGUUAGGAUAUUGUGAUAUAUUAAGUGUCAUUAUUGAGUGGGCCUUGAGAAUACACUUUUUCUCAGUCUCCAUUCAUCAUCUGUAAUAUGGAAAUAACGGUAACCCACCUCAGGGUUUUUGUGGUAGAGGAAGACUGCCAAGCAUUUUUUUGCAUUCAGAGGACUGCAUUCAUGAUUAUUCAUGGCCCCUCCUGAUGAUUUGUAUCAUAAGAAACCUGUUAAAUAAGGAAACCUGAUCCUCUAGGGGUGAGUGGAGCCCUGUGGCAUCAGUGGGCCUGGAACCCAGAUCUUCUGAUUCCCAGCCUAGGGCCUUAACCACAAGCCCAUCUGUUAUUUUUCUAUCUUGGCAGGUCUCUCAAGAUAAACUUAUUCUCCACCUUCAGGUACAGAAGCACACCUUCGGCUGAGGAAGAGACCAAAGUCAGGUCCAAGGGAACGGACUGUGGCCACAGAAGAUGGAGAACGUGGAGAGGCAGCAACAAAGCAAAGGAAGCUGAAUGAUAACUCAGAGGAGACAUCUGAGGCUGGGGAGAAAGCUAAGCAAAUGCCAACCCCUGUACCAGGAAAGCAAGCCGGGAAAGCGAAAGGGCGGGGAAGAUCUGUUUCCGGGUGCAAUGUUGCCGUGGCUGUAGAGAGUCUGGUUGAGGGGGAAGCUAAGAUGGAGGGCAGUGGUAGGGUUUCAGAGGCUCUGAACGGGGUGCCCUCUUCUAAUUCAUCAUGCAAGCAGAAAGCAACAGCUGGCCUUGGGCCCUCUCAACUGGUCUUUGACAAGGAUGGCAAUGCGUCCUGCCCCCAAGGAGGGAAUGAUGGUCACGUAUCUCCGGAGGCAGAUAGACCUUCACUCAGCGACACCAUUGAGAUGUUGCUGCACUCUCCCUGGAGUGGAAAUGGCAGUGGCGACACCACCCACGAUGGGCCACCGGGCUCCAGAAUGCUACCUCCAUGUGCCAGUUGCACCGUAUUGAAGGCUGAGCUGGACACUGUGCGUGAGCAGCUCCGACUAACUCAAGGUAACUGUUGGCAUGAGCAGAGAGAAGCUGUUUCAUUGUGAUGCCAUGGGUUGCCUUCCUGGCCCUCUCAGGAACCUAUAUCGUGACUGCAUGGAAUUGGUAGGCUCCGUAUUAUGCCCACUCAUGGGAAUGCCAGUGAAAACAAGACUCGCCUCCUUCUGUCCUAAUGUCCAGGAGCACCUGCCAUGUGAACAAUGCGUUGAUGCUGAGUAAUGUAGCAGAUGCUUCUAGAUGCUAUGGCAUGAAGUGGGAAAACCCCCAUGGUGGCAUACUCCAGUGGGGUGUGUGGUAUUGUCUUUGUAUUGCUGUGUUACAGUAUUUUGUGUUCAUAUGUUGCAAACUGCCCUGUGAGCUUUGGAUGAAGGGUGGUAUAUAAAUUUAAUAAAUCGGCAUAAUCCACACAUCACUUUGCACAUUUUAUACAGAGUGUGUAUUAGAUAUAGUAUAUGCAAAUUUAAAUUUAAUUAAAUAAAAACGGCACAGCUUGUCAAGUGAACACAAGCAAAGAAGAGACGAUAUCAUGGUAUGAUGAUCUAGAAAAAGCUUUGCAGAAGUGGGUUUUGAGCACGGAUUUAAAGCAGGGGAGGCAAAUGGUGAGUAGACAGUGAUUAUUCCAGACAUAGAGAGUGGCACGAUAACAGGCAGAAGGGGAGAGUUGAACAAUAGCAGAUAAAAGGAGAGAUAAAAGUUAGAAUGAUAACAGAUGAGAGAUAGAAGUUGGGAGUGAAGAACUUUAUACUUAAUGAUUUGCACUAUAGGGUUUUAAAGCUAGUGCGGCAAUAAAAAGUGAAGGGUGUGAGGUGUAUAUUAUAAGACUUCAAAAAAGAAAGAAAGAAAGAGAUUGUUGACUAAUGAAAGAUGGCAGAAAGGAAUGUUUUGGGGGUGGUCAACCUGUGCCCCCCCCCGCCAGCACAAUCAAUGAUCAGCAUUUGUGGGAGCUGUAAUCCCAACAUCAUCUGCAGGACCACAGAUUAACUACCACUGUUCUAAUAAGAAUUGUUGGCAAUGCUGCCUGGAAGUCGUACUGACUGCUCCAUCAAUGAGGGUUAUUAUAUUUAUUUUUUUCAUUUGUACAGCUUCCACACUAUAUGGGUUGAGUGGUACCUCUUUACAAGACUUAUCAGAGGCUCUUAGCACUAUUGUGCACAUCCUCAGCAACAGGAAGUCACUGUCAGCAACAAACACAUCCCAGAAUGUUGCCGAAAUUCCCAGCAGGCCAGUAUGGCGAGAGAGAAAUGUAAGUCUCCUCUUUUUGCUAUCCAUGUUUAAAAGCAAACUGUUAUUUCCAUGUUUUCUACCUCUCAAUUUUUCCUUUUCAGCAACAAACGCUUGUUAUCAUGCCUCUCUCCAUACUGAUAAGUUUGAAUAAUUCGUAAAAUGCAGGCAAUCUAGCCUGAAGAGGGCUUACUGGUUCCCUUUCCUCUUGGUCUAGAUCAGGGUUGGGAUCAGGCCUGCUAAGAGCUUGUCUGAGGCCUCGGCUGGGAGUCUUGUUAGAUUAAAGUUAUAAACUCAACCAGAAAAGCAGUCGCUCCCUGGAGGGUCCCCCCCGCAACCAGCUUAGUCCUCCAAAGCCUGGGAAAAGUGUACCUGGCUGCCCCACCCUGUUCUGCACUGGCCUGGUUGGGAUACCUGUGGCCUUACAGCUGUUGGAUUCCCAUCACCCCACCCAACAUGGCCUGUGAUAAGGGAUGGUGGGAGCUAUGGUCCAAUAACAUCUAGAGGUCACCAGGUUCCUCAUCCCUGCUCCAAUACAGUGCCCUCACAGGACUGCUUGGUCUGCUCAAACUGGGUGGCUUCAUUGGAGCUUGGGGAAGGCAACCAGUGUAGGAGCAGACCAGGCCAAAGUGCCAUUCCAGAAGUAAUUAUCCAGGUACCAGAUGAAAAAGACAGCCGUCAGGACUCUGAAGUCUUCUUUUAACAGUUUGGUUUCCUCUUGUUUCUUAAUGAGAAGUUAAAGCAAAUUUCUGAAUAUCUGGUAUUGGAUACUUUUGGGAGAUGGAGAACAGAUUGAAGCAGUUGAGGAAUGUUGAAAGUGACAUUGGUUUCUGGAAAAUCUUUAAAUCAUUUCUACUGUUAGUUUCUGUGGUAAGUUUUCAUUUCCUGAAUGUAAUAUAUAUAAAACGUUUAAUUGGAUACUAACUUUGCUCUCUCCUCAGCAUUUCUGAAACAUAAGCUGAGCAUGAAGAAAUUGAGCAUCAAGAAAUUCAGCAGCAAUAUUGACCUUAGGAUGAGGACCUGAAUUAAAAGGAAAAAGCUCCUUCAGCUCUUGAUUGUCUGAGACAACCAAUCUUGCUACAUUCAUUCUCUUUUGUCCCUGACCCCCACCCUUAGCAUAUCAUGUAAGUUGCUCAGACUGCAGCAGGCUCUAGAGCUGAAGCUCUUUGCCUGCUGUGGCGCAAAUGUUGACUGUCAUUACUGUCCUUCUAAUGUUACUCUAGGAUUUGUUUGUUUUUAUACUGUAGUACCUGUUUCUUUCCUGCUUAGCUCUAAAUAAAGCAACUGGGAACGUUUUUGUAUAUUGUCUGUGGGCACUAAAUAGCAUGGGUGUUGAGCCAAUUGGCAUAGAUUCCUGUUCAGGUCUUAAGUCAGAAGUACCUGAAUCAAAGGUGCACACAGCCUCCAGAGGGAACACUGUACUAGGCAAAGGCUGUGAAAUGGUCUAGUUUAGUCUUUAUGUUUAGUCAAUUUUUCAUACCUUGAAAGUUAAAAAAAGAACCAUGGACUCUGGUUCUUACCAUAGUGCUUGAAGGUAUGAUCAAAAAAGACAGGUGUGGAGAGAGGAGGAGAGGUGAUGUGAACUAAUACACAUAUUUAAUUUCAUGGUGGCGAUAGAUAGUUUCUCAUGCUAUGUUUUACGGGUGGGGGGAGAGAGAAUUGACCCACGGGCCUUAAGCACACCUUCAUUAUCUGAACUGAUGUAGCUGUCUUAUGCGAAGUUGGACUACUGGUCUUUCUAGCUGAUGGGAUUGUUUUGGGGUAAGAGUCUCUCCCAACCCUGCGACUUGCAAUUCAUUGAGUUAUGGUGUGGAGC